CUCGCGCUCUUCUCAUUCUGCGUGAGCGGCGGUUUCUGAACAUACAGGGGGAUUGUUAGUGAGAGCCAGCCAGGCAUCUGUAUUAUUUCAGAGACUUAUUUUCAAAAGGAAAAAUUUAGGCAAGUUCCAGUGGGUCCGCUCACGGGAAGACUAAAGCCACCUCUGAGAAAAGACAUGGACUGUCACAAUGAGGAGUGCAGCCGGCCCCAGGAGGAGGAGGACAUCAUGGACAUCCCCCUGGACGACCCUGAGGCCAACAGGGCAGCGGCCAAGAUCCAAGCGGGAUUUCGUGGCCACAUGACCCGUAAGAAGCUGAAACCAGAAGACAAAACAGAAGGGGAGGAGAGACAGGAAGAUCGGGGACAGUAGGGAAGGAUGACACAUCUGCACCAGAACACUAACGCCCCCCUGUCCUUACCUGGAUGAAGAGAAAGAGGAGAGGCGCGGCGGGGAGAGAUGGCUGGCAUCGGAUGGCUCUUAGACACAUCUUUUUAACCCCAGGAGGCUUUUUUUUUUCUUUUCUUUUUUUAAGCACAAUUUAGCAGUAGAAAAUGAACUGUUGAGGGUGUGUUAUGUGAAUUUUGUGAACUUUAACACUCCUUCUCUGCUUCUUCAGCAGCCUCAUCAGUCCGGAUGUCUUUGACCCAGAAUUUGCAACUCACUGCAUGUACUUGUGAAACUUCUGGUAGUGUGCUACUUUACUGUGAAUGUGAAGAUGAAUGUCCUCUAAAUGCUAAACAGGGCUUUUUUGAUGGAUACGUGCAUAUUGUCUACAGUAUAGACACUUUGUGUGCAUCACUUUUAGUGAUUAGUGGCUUUUGGCUUUUUCUUUUCUUUUGACCUGCUUGUAUCUAAUAAACCCUGCAAUUGCAAAAUUAUUAAAAUUUCCAAAAUGAACAAAAAUA